AUGGGCUGGCCCGUCCGGGGUCCACUCGCGAGUUGCGGCUACCCGAAGGCACCGCACGCGAAAGAGAAGAGGGGACCGCGAAAUUAUACGGCGGGCCGUAGCGGCGCACGCGACGAGCUGGAGCGUGGCGCUGGAAUUAAUGUGGCGUGCCCGGUGGACUCGGCAUGUUUUGCCGGCCGCCGUGGGCCGCCGGUUAACGGAGCGUGGGGGCACGCGGCCCGGGAGAGCGCUCCGUUUACCGUUGCCCCGGGCGCG